GGGGCGGGGGGCUCGGUGCCCCAGCAACAUGCCGCCUCCGCCCCCCCUUCCUCCUCCUCCUCGUCCUCCUCCUCCUCUGGCCGGGCACCCCUCGACUGGCUCCUCACCGACCGGGGACCCUUCUACCGAGCCCAGGAGUACGUGGAUUUCAUGGAGCGCUACCGGCAGGGUUUCACCACCAGGUACAGGAUCUACAGAGAGUUCGCUCGUUGGAAGGUGAACAAUUUGGCCUUGGAGAGGAAAGACUUCUUCAGCCUGCCGCUUCCCUUGGCCCCGGAAUUCAUCCGCAACAUCCGUCUGCUGGGCCGCCGGCCCAGCCCCCAGCAGAUCACUGACAGCCUCAUCAAAAAGUAUGGCACCCACUUCUUGCUCGCCGCCACGCUGGGAGGAGAGGAGUCCCUGACCAUUUUUGUGGACAAGCGGAAGCUGAGCCGGAGGUUUGAGGAGUCAGAGGAGUUCCAGGCCCUGGUGAAGAGGCUCCCUGGAGACCGUUUCCUGAACAGGACGGCCAUCUCUCAUUUCUGGGCCAUGGACCUGGACAUUCAGCAUCGCUACCAGCAGCUGGGCACCAGCCUGAAGCUGCUCUCCAGGAAAACCCACCGACUCAUCCGGCGCCUCUUCAACCUCAGCAAACGCUGCCACCGGCAACCUCGCUUCCAACUGCCAAAGGAGAGGUCCCUCCCUUACUGGUGGAGCCGUGCACAGUCGCUCCUGUACUGCAGUGAGACCACCGUGCCUGGCACCUUCCUGGAAGAAAGCCACAGCUGCACGUGUCCCUCCGACCAGCCCUCCUGCCAGGGGUCCAUACCGUGUGCCUUGGGUGAGGGGCCAGCCUGCGCCAGCUGUGCCGAGGACAACAGCACCCGCUGCGGGACCUGCAACCAUGGCUACGUGCUCACCCAGGGCUUCUGCCGCCCUGAGGUGGCUGACUCGCUGGAGCACUACCUGGGCUUGGAGACGGACCUGCAGGACUUGGAGCUCAAGUACCUCCUGCAGAAGCGGGACAGCCGCAUCGAGGUGCACUCCAUCUUCAUCAGCAACGACAUGCGCCUGGGGAGCUGGUUCGACCCCUCCUGGAGGAAGCGCAUGCUCUUGACCUUGAAGAGCAACAAGUACAAGCCCGGGCUGGUUCACGUGAUGCUGGCCCUCUCCCUGCAGAUCUGCCUCACCAAAAAUAGCACGCUGGAGCCCGUCAUGGCCAUCUAUGUCAACCCCUUCGGUGGAAGCCACUCGGAGAGCUGGUUCAUGCCUGUCAACGAGGGCAGCUUCCCAGACUGGGAAAGGACUAGCGUUGAUGCCUCUGCCCAGUGCCAAAACUGGACGCUCACCUUGGGCAACAAGUGGAAGACCUUCUUUGAAACGGUCCACGUCUACUUGCGGAGCCGCAUCAAGUCCUUGGACGACAGCUCCAAUGAGACAAUCUACUAUGAACCCUUGGAGAUGGCAGAUCCCUCCAAGAACCUGGGAUACAUGAAAAUCAACAGCUUGCAAGUCUUCGGCUACAGCCUGCCCUUUGAACCAGACGCUAUUCGUGACCUGAUCCUUCAGCUGGACUACCCCUACACCCAGGGCUCCCAGGACUCGGCCAUGCUCCAGCUUUUGGAAAUCAGAGACCGGGUAAACAGGUUGUCACCCCCUGGCAAAACCCACCUGGACCUCUUCACUUGCUUGCUCCGCCACAGGCUCAAGUUGGCCAACAACGAGGUGGCGAGGAUCCAGUCCUCCUUGAGGGCCUUCAACGCCAAGCUGCCCAAUGCAGUAGAGCAGGAGACGGGCAAGCUGUGCAGCUAACAGCUGGGGCUGUCCAGAUCUCAGAGCAAGGGGGUCAGGAGAAAGGA